AUGUCCAGGCCACAGACGCUCAACCCGCGCUCCCUCCAAUCUCGCCUCUCCCACAUCCUCCAACACUGGCCCACAGACCCCGUCCGUCCAGCCUCAGUCUCAGUCCAAACCUACCUCCAAAACCAACUAGCCCAGAACAAGAGCACAAAUAGCUCCUCACAGUCUCCAUCCACGCCAACUUCCCAAGCCAUCCCCAAAAUCUCCGAGUCCUCCGUGAACGCGCUCUCUGUGCUCCUGGAAAACCGUUUCGCGAAUAAAUACCCCCUGUCGCAAAAGAUUCGCUACCCGGCGAGCGACCCCGAGCACUAUGAUAAUCUGAUUCGGGAAUUUGAGGAGGCGCCGAAUCGGGAUUGGUUUGGGCGGUUGCGCAAGAGAUUGGGUGGAUUGUUGCGGUUGCAGUGA